GGACAGACAGGGAGCAGGGGGAGGACGGCGGGCAGGCGGCGGGGGAAGCAGGCAGGGAGCUGCGGACGGGAGGUGGGAGCGGGCAGGGGAGGGGGCAGGCGGGCGGGCAGGGCCGCCCCCUGCCACACGUGGCUCGGGGGACACGCCGGGUUUAUAAAGCGUCCCCGGCCGGCGGGCGGGUGCGGGAGGCGGCGGCUCUUGCUGGGAGCGGGGCGCGAACCCGCGACCCUCGGAUGAGCUCGGCCGCCACUGCGGGGCCGCGGCCGCCCACGGACCAUGGAGCUGCCCACGGAGAUGCCCACGGAGCUGCCCACGGCUGCCGGCACCGCCUGGGGCAAUGGCACCGCCUGGGCCCCCCUGCCCGGCCAUGAGGCCAACGAGACGGGGCCACCGCGGGGCAAGAACGCCACGUCCAUCCUCAUCGCCAUCGUCAUCACCGCGCUCUACUCCGUGGUGUGCGUGGUGGGGCUGCUGGGAAACGUCCUGGUCAUGUACGGCAUCGUCAGGUACACCAAGAUGAAGACGGCCACCAACAUCUACAUCUUCAACCUGGCCCUGGCAGACGCGUUGGCCACCAGCACGUUGCCCUUCCAGAGCGCCAAGUACCUGAUGGAGACCUGGCCCUUCGGGGAGCUGCUCUGCAAGGUUGUGCUCUCCAUUGACUACUACAACAUGUUCACCAGUAUCUUCACCCUCACCAUGAUGAGCGUGGACCGCUACGUUGCCGUCUGCCACCCGGUUAAGGCCUUGGACUUUCGCACACCGGCCAAGGCCAAGAUCAUCAACGUGUGUAUCUGGGUGCUCUCCUCUCUCAUUGGGGUGCCCAUCAUGGCCAUGGCGGUCACCAAGUCAAAAGAUGGGAAGGUGCUGUGCACGCUCCAGUUUCCUGAUCCCCCCAUAUACUGGGACACCGUCACCAAGAUCUGUGUCUUCAUCUUCGCCUUCAUGGUCCCCAUCUUGGUCAUCACCAUCUGCUACGGGCUGAUGAUCCUUCGCCUGAAGAGCGUCCGGCUCCUCUCGGGCUCCAAGGAGAAAGAUCGCAACCUGCGCCGCAUCACGCGCAUGGUGCUGGUGGUGGUGGCAGCCUUCAUCAUCUGUUGGACGCCCAUCCACAUCUUCGUCAUUGUCUGGACACUGGUGGACAUAGAUAAGAAGAACCCCUACGUGGUGGCCAGCCUCCACUUCUGCAUCGCCCUGGGUUACACCAACAGCAGCCUCAACCCCGUCCUUUACGCUUUCCUGGAUGAAAACUUCAAGAGGUGUUUCCGAGAGUUCUGCCUGCCCUUCCGAGCCCGCGUGGACCAAACCAGCUUCUCCCGUGCCAGGAACGCCACCCGGGAGCACGUCUCCACCUGCACCCCUUCCGAAACACGCAACAAGCCGGCAUGACUAGACGUGGGCAGCCUCCAGCGGGGCUGCCGGGGCCGCGGGGGGAACGACCUGCCCUCGGAGGUCACCCAGGUCACCACCACGGAGCUCUAGCAGAGCAGUGAGUGCCGAUAACGCCGCUGGGUUUCUGCUCAGACUGACAGCAAGUGACUGCAAAGAGGCUUUUUUACAUCCUGGAGAAGCAGGGAUGGGGGAACCAGGACUCACCCAGCAACCUAGGGACCAAAACAUAGGGACCAAAACCAGGGGAGGCUGAGGUUGGAUUUAGGAACAAUUUCUCCCCCAAAGGGCUGUGGGGCAUUGGAACAGGCUGCCCAGGGCAGUGCUGGAGUCACCAUCCCUGGAGGGCUGGACAGACGGACAUGAGGUUCUCAGGACAUGGGGCAGGGACAGGGGUGGGGCAACGGUUGGACUCCAUGAUCCUGAGGUUCCUCUUCCAGCCAAAAUGAUUCUAUGAAAACAAGAGGCAAAGUGGACAGAGCUGCUCUGCUGCUGGUCCCGCUGUGGCUGGGGACAGCCCCAAAUAGCCAGCAAGGGCUGUCACCUCCAACAUGUGGCUAUCGGCAAAACCAAAUCAUCCAGGGACACCGCGAUGCGAUGACCAUGUGCUGUAUGGGCUGAGGUGGAAAUGCUCUGGUGGCAGGAGGGGACCGUGCUGGGGGUGAUGCCACAUCUUGGGGCCUCGCUCCAUCCCCCCUGAGCUGUGUCCAAAAAAACACCAGAGAUGGGAAUAGAAAACGAUGCAGCUCCAGAGACAGCAUUAUCAAACAGCCUCAAAUCCAGAGAAAAAAUUUCACUGCAGUCCUUCGAACCGGGACAGGCCCCAGAGGACAAUUUUCUGCUGUUAAUGACAUUACUGAAUUAUUUUGAGACCUCUGACCACAGCCGGGGCAGCCCUGGACAUGGAUACGGCCGGGGAUGGGUGGCAGGACAGAGUGGGACACGUCUCGAGUUCCCCCGUGUCCACCCGCUGGUGCCAAAUUCCUCCAGCCCAGCACCCAUGGGGUGACGGGACCGCUCCUCACCCCUCUGCCGCCAAACACAUCACACCUAAGAAAAACAGCUCAUUAGGGCAGUGAUUUGUGGGGACAGGAGGAGUUUCCCACAGCGCUAAAGUGACUGGGAUGGACUGACCAGCGCUGCUCUCCCUCUCCUGCCGCCGGGUGAAGGGUGAACAGCACUGCCCACAUCUCCUUUAGGUAUCACCACCAUUCCCUAAUUCCCCAAACAGGGGAGUGCAGGUGAUUUCUGUGCCCAUGAGAGACAGAUAUUUGGGAUUUCAUGGAGCAUCCAUUGCUCUGAGCCCCAGGGCGGCACAUCCCACAGGAGCCACCAGCCUGGGACCCCUGGACCACGUUAUCUGUCACCAAACAAUGACCGAUGUGUCCCCCCAGCCCCCUGCUCCCCGCAUCCCCCCGGGAACUGCGACUUUCCCUUCCUCUGCCCUUCCCGCCGCUCUGGAGGUCGAUGGGCUGAGGAAGAGGAGGAGGAGGCAGCAGUAAUAGCAUUUAGCGGACAAAUGGAUGCAGCUGGAGGAAGCAGGCGAGUGCGCGGCUGCACCUGGGGCUGGCGGGAUGGAGAGCCUGGCUUGUGUCUCUGCUCUUGCCAGUUGCAUCAAUUUAGCCUAAUAAAGGCCAUUACCUCUCCUUCCCAGCCCGACCGCCCUCCGGAGCCGGUGGAAAUUGCGGCCUCUCCUCUUGGAAGGCAGAGCUGACGAGGCAGCCCAAGCGGAUUCUUUUCUUUCUCAAAGGAACCAAAUAGGGUGAAAUUGGCCAUUUGGAUCCCAAAGCAAUCGCUGCCCAAGUGUGCGACUGAUCCUCCUCGUCUCCCCCUUGAACAAAAGCUUCUCACUUGAUGUUGCAUCAGCCCGUGCAGCCCCAGCCCCUGCCCGAGGCUCCUCAGCAUCGGUCCCUUUGUCCCCUGCCAGCCGUCUGUCCAUGGGAGGCUGCACGGAGCAUCUGGUGCAGGAGGACCAGCAGGAUCAGCUCCAGGACUGGAACUGGGGGAAAACCCCCCAGGAUCCCACGAGUUUGAGCUUCAGCACCAUGAGAAGAGAGACUGAGGUGUCCGGGAGGAGCUGGAGACCAACCUCCAGCUCUUCACCUCCCCUGAGCUGGGGUACAGCCCUCAGCAGCGAGUGCUGGGAAACACUCCUGGUUUGAAGCCGGUUCCUGGUGAGGUCCUGGCAAUGACGGGUGUCCCCGCGGGGGCGGGUGUCCCUGUGGGGGCAGGUGUCCCUGCAGGGAUGGGUGUCCCUGUAGGGGUGGGUGUCCCUGCAGGGGUGGGUGUCCCCGCGGGGGUGGGUGUCCCUGCAGGGGUGGGUGUCCCUGUAGGGGUGGGUGUCCCUGCAGGGGUGGGUGUCCCUGCAGGGGUGGGUGUCCCUGCAGAGGUGGGUGUCCCUGCAGGGGUGGGUGUCCCUGCAGGGGUGGGUGUCCCUGCGGGGGUCAGGUGUCCCUGUGGGGGCGGGUGUCCCUAUGGGGGCGGGUGUCCCCGCGGGGGUGGGUGUCCCUGUGGGGAUGGGUGUCCCUGUGGGGAUGGGUGUCCCCGCGGGGGUGGGUGUCCCCGCGGGGGUGGGUGUCCCUAUGGGGGCGGGUGUCCCCGCGGGGGUGGGUGUCCCUGCAGGGAUGAGUGUCCCUGUGGGGAUGGGUGUCCCUGCAGGGGUGGGUGUCCCCGCGGGGGUGGGUGUCCCUGUGGGGAUGGGUGUCCCUGUGGGGGUGGGUGUCCCCGCGGGGGUGGGUGUCCCUGUGGGGAUGGGUGUCCCUGUGGGGGUGGGUGUCCCUGUGGGGCCGUGUGUCCCUGUGGGGGUGGGUGUCCCUGCAGGGGUGCGUGUCCAACGCUGUGCACCAGGACAUCUUGGGUUUCACUCCAGACUUCAGCAUGAAGCUGAAUUCUGGCUCAAUAUCUCAAUUUGGGGAGUCACUCCCCCCCCCCCCAAAAUGUGAUGAUGACUCAGCAUCACCGAUCUCUUUAACCAGCCCCAGCCAGUGCCUCAGUUUCCCCUGGAAAUCCCGACCUCGUCACCAAGGCUGCCAAAGGCACGAAGCGGAGCCGUUUCCAUCCGCAGCAGCCGCAGUUGAUGGGAACACGGUGAAGAAACGGGGGACACGGCGGGGCUGAGCUCCCGUCAUCCAGAUGGGGCAUCUCUGCCCUUCGGGGACCCCCGGUCGUGUUGGGGGGCACAAAGCUGCAAGUGCCGGGGGCCGUGGGUUGGCGUGGGGGUCCCCACACAGCUCGGCCACCCCCAAAGCUCAACCCCCCAUUUCCCAUCCCCGUGGGGGCUUUUUUUCCUGCUGGAAACGUGCCUGUGAUGGCCUUAAAGCGGGUUAAAGGCUUCAAAGCUCAGGGUGCAGGACACGGCGAGAUUCGCGGCUUUUCUCAGCUUAGGUUUUGCUGAAUUAAAAAGAAAUAGAAUAUUCCUGAGGAAAAGGGGACGCUGAUGGCAACGGAGCCCUCGGUGACACGGACCCGGAGCGUCACCCACCAACAUCGCGGUGGGCGCCGAGGGCUGAUCCAACACCGCACCCAUCGAAAACCAGCCCCCCCAAUUUGGGCUGGGAAACGGGGGUCGAAUCCUGACCCCGGGUCGCACCCUGGGAGCUUUAACUGCCCACACAAGGCUGUGACGCGGCUCAAAGGGCGCUCUGUACACUUAUAUAUUUAUGUAUGUAUAUAUGUCUGUCUAUAGGCAUAUGAAAUUACAGCCACCCGGGUCACCCCAUCCCACCCCCACUACUCCGUGUGACGGGACUCGGGUCUGAACCUGCGUCGGCCGGGACCUCGCAACGCGCUUCGCCGGGAUUUCCAGCCCCGGCCCUCGCGACUCCGGGCUUUUCAAUGGCAUUUCCAUAUAGGAACCACGCUUUCUGAGAAAUAAAUGUAUUAUAAUAAGCGCUAGCAAGCAGUUUCCAGCUCUGCUCCGAGUCCCGGGUGCUCAGAACAAGGAGGGUGCUGUGCCGGGGCUCGGGGGUGAUGGGACAAGAACCGUCUCUGCAGCUGGUACAUCUGUAAUGGGAAAAACUCACCUUUAUGGAGCCCUAAAUCCCUGUAUUUUACCAACCCCGGUACAGAGGCCCUUGCACCGCACGGCAGCUUUCGGGACGGUCAUCAAGAUACAGUUUUAAUAGCCCAGCGGCUCAAACUCCGGCCCGAAUUACGUUUGUAAUUUAAAUGCAAAUGAGGAUUUAGUGAAAACGUAACAGAAAUGGGUGUUGGAGCCUGUAACUCCGCUCCCGCUUAAUGAGACUUCAGAUUUCAGAGCAUUUAUCGCUUCUGCCGUGUCCAUUUGUGGUUUGUGAUUUCCCGAAGAACAGAAGCACAAAGAGACGUGAAAUCCAGGUUUCCAGCCUGAAGUUUGUUGCUGGGGGGGCACCAGAAAAUGAACCCAGGUCCCAAAUCCGGCAGCUCCAGUUAAACCAGCAGCCGAAUGUCGUAGCAAUGGGCCCCGCCGCCCCAGCCCUUUCCAGCCCAACAACACGUUUGCUGCUGCAGAAAAUGUGGUUUGUUUUUUAUUUUCCUUAAUUAAUCCGCCAGAUAACGUACCCUAAUGUACCAGGCUUUGUUCUUCCGCAUGUGAUUAAUUACGAAGCCGCCCGUUCCUUUGUUUACUCCGCAGGUUCGGGGUGACGGUAACUGCGCGGUGAUGCAGGUGGACAUGAGGGAAUGUGGCUUUCCCACCCCCCUCCGCGCCAGCCGGGGCUGCAGCCGGGCUCUCCAAUGCUUAUUGACUCCUAAUUCAUCGCUUAAAAUGGAAAAUGGAAAUGGAAAAUCAUUUAAAUCAUUUAAAAUGGAAAAUUCAGGUUCCAGUAUAAGUUGGGGAAUGACCUAUUAGAGAGCAGUGUAGGGGAAAGGGACCUGGGGGUCCUGGGGACAGCAGGGUGACCAUGAGCCAGCACUGGGCCCUUGUGGCCAGGAAGCCAAUGGUACCUGGGGUGGGUUAGAAGGGGGUGGUCAGUAGGUCAGAGAGGUUCUCCUGCCCCUCUGCUCUGCCCUGGGGAGACCACACCUGGAAUAUUGUGUCCAGUUGUGGCCCCUCAGUUCCAGCAGGACAGGGAACUGCUGCAGAGAGUCCAGCGCAGCCACCAAGAUGCUGGAGGGAGUGGAGCAUCUCCCGUGUGAGGAAAGGCUGAGGGAGCUGGGGCUCUGGAGCUGGACAAGAGGAGACUGAGGGGGGACUCAUUGCUGGGGAUCAAUAUGGAAAGGGGGAGUGUCAGGAGGAUGGAGCCAGGCUCUUCUGGUGACAACCAGUGACAGGACAAGGGGCAAUGGGUGCAAACUGGAACACAGGAGGUUCCACUGAAAUACGAGAAGAAACUUGUUGGGGUGAAGGUGGCAGAGCCUGGCCCAGGCUGCCCAGGGGGUUGUGGAGUCUCCUUCUGUGCAGACAUUCCAACCCGCCUGGACACCUUCCUGUGUAACCUCAUCUGGGUGUUCCUGCUCCAUGGGGGGAUUGCACUGCAUGAGCUUUCCAGGGCCCUUCAACCCCUGACAUUGUGUGGUUCUGUGAUUCUGUGACAAAGAAAAAAAGACACUAUGAAUAUUAAUAA